UCGUCGUUUUGUGGUGCUCACUUACUCUCGUCAGCUCUAUUGUCACUUUGUCAGAGUUAAGGUUUGUAGAUCGAGAAAGAACAAAAUCAAUUGAAAGUAAAAUGUUGGCUAGGGUUUGUAGAUCGGAAUCUUCUUCUGCUAAUGCUUCUACUAGAUUGAUCAGCAAGAGAUUGAUUCAUCGUCGCGUCGCCCAGAAAGGUACAAUUAGAAAGCGUCUACCUUCUUUGCCAGUCCAUUGCAGUGGUCGCAAAGGAACUUUUGAAGGAGAGAGUUUGAAAUUGAGAAGUGGGUUUCAUUAUAUCCAAAGCUUGGAGGAUGCGAUUGGUCUGUUCGAUGAAAUGGUUAGAUCUCGUCCCUUGUAUUCGGUGAUUGAUUUCAAUAAACUAAUUGGUGUCUUCGUGAAGAUGGAUCGACCCGAUGUUGCGAUUUCUCUGUAUCAGAAGAUGGAAAUGCACCGGAUUCCACUUAAUAUCUACAGCUUCAGUAUUCUCAUAAAGUGUUUCUGCGACUGUCAUAAGUUUUCAUUUGCUUUGUCGACAUUCGGGAAGAUCACUAAACUUGGUCUCCAGCCCGAUGUUGUUACGUAUAACACGCUACUCCACGAGCUAUGUCUCGAAGAUCGGAUUUCUGAAGCCUUAACUUUAUUUGAUCAUAUGGUUGAAACUGGAUUAACACCCAAUGUCGUAACGUUUAACACGUUAAUGAACGGUCUUUGCCGUGAGGGUCGAGUUCUCCAAGCAGUGGCUCUGCUUGAUCAGAUGGUAGAAAAUGGUCAUCAACCUAACGUAGUUACUUACGGAACAAUUGUCAAUGGAAUGUGUAAGAUGGGUAACACUGACUCGGCCUUGAAUCUGCUUAGGAAGAUGGAUCAAAGCCACAUCGAAGCCAAUGUUAUAAUCUAUAGUGCCAUCAUUGAUCACCUUUGCAAAGGCGGACAUCAUAGCGAUGCUCAAAAUCUUUUCGCUGAAAUGCAUGACAAAGGAAUUUUUCCCGAUGUUCAUACCUACAACUGUAUGAUAGACGCUUGUUGUAGUUCUGGUAAAUGGAGUGAUGCCAAGCAAUUGUUGCGUGAUAUGAUUGAAAGGCAAAUAAAUCCUGAUGUUGUAACUUUCAGUGCAUUGAUCAACGCAUUUGUCAAAGAAGGGAAGCUCGUUGAGGCUGAAAAAUUAUACGAGGAGAUGCUUCGUAGGGGUAUAUUUCCUAAUACAAUCACUUAUAACUCAAUGAUCGAUGGAUUUUGCAAGCAGGAUCGUCUAGAUGACGCAAAGCGCAUGUUAGAUUCAAUGGCUAGCAAGGGCUGCUCUCCAAAUGUAGUCACUUUUAACACCCUCAUCAAUGGCUAUUGUAAGGCUAAAAGGGUUGACGAUGGAAUGGAGAUUUUCUGCGAGAUGCAUCGACGAGGAAUAGUUGCUACUACAGUUACUUACACUACUUUGAUUCAUGGGUUUUGUCAAGUGGGUGAUCUUAAUGCCGCCCUAAACAUUUUCAAUGAAAUGAUUUCUAGUGGUGUGGCUCCAGAUUACAUCACUUUCCACAGUAUGCUGGCCGGCUUAUGUAGGAAGAACGAACUACGAAAGGCAGUGGCAAUGUUGGUGGAUCUGCAGCAGAACGUGGAUCAUCAGUUGGAGGGUAAAUGAAAGAAUGGAAGAUUCAAUGCCAUUUUGCUUCUUGCUUGAUCGAUUUCGAUUCUGAUGUUCCACUUUCACUUGUUAUUUUAUUUUAUUUUUUUGUGAUGCUUAUUUAUCUUACUGUUGAAACGAGAUAUUUUAUGUGUUACAAAAAGAACUUGUUGGAUAUGCCUUCUUAACCAGGCGAGUAGUCUCAGACUGUAGCAGUUUAUGGUCAUCAAAAGUCGAGCUGACGCAGGCAUCAAAAGCCUGAUCAGUUUGGUGGAACAAAAUCGGCAUAUCAUCAAAAGUGGCUGCAAAAUGGUGAGAAAUACAUGUCCAAGGUCUUAUUUUUUUUUUUAAGUAAAAAGCAGCAGUCAAUCAUUCGAUUACAUAGUCUUUGUGUGAAUCAAAGUGAUUGCAAAGUAUAUAGUACCUCAAUGAGUGAAGCUAAGUUUGAAGAAAUCAAGUCAAGGUUGAAAAGGUCUUGUUUCAGGUGGAGUCUUGUCUCUACAGGUAAUGUAGUGCAUAUCAUCAGAUCUUUUUUUGGCUUCAGGUGGAGAAAUGAUUACUUUUGGUAUAGUGCAAACUAUUCAUUUCCGAUCCCUUCUUUCUCUAUCUCUAGCUAGCCUGUAGAAUCCACUGGAUUCAAUCCAGGGUCAGACAUCAGUUGUCUCAGUAUCUGAAUUAACAUGAGCUUGUUUUUCUGAGUCACACGUGUCAGUAACUCCACCUUGACGUAGUUCACAUUGAGGUUCGAAGUUAUAUUCAGUGAACUUUUGAUAAGUAUUCUCUUCAGUCUUUGAGCUUGUACUUGUGUUUGAACUUUAAUUCUUCAAGUCCUCAUUGAAAGAAACAUUUCUUUCUACCGGUAACCACACAUUAUAUCCCCUUACUCAAGGUUGAUAUCCUAAGAAGAUUUCCUGACAACUUUGGAAUGCAUUUGACAUUAUUCAGUACAACAAUAUAGCCAGUGCCCGCUAUUCACUUUGCUCGAUAUACUUUGCUGUAGAGAUCAUCAGUACACCGCUACCUGAAGUUUGCUUCUCCUUUGAAGUUUUGUAGACUCAAGAAAAUGUUCACUCAAUCUGUGCCAAAACAAGAAAUGAUCAACGGUUUGUGAUUAUGAAUCAUCUGUCUUGUUUCUGCAGGGCUGUGAUUCUGAGAUCUUCUUGGUGUUUAGAUUGACCAAAAAUUGUUUUGGAAUUCCACAUGCACAUGAAUAUUUAUGGUUCUGCUUUUGGUUCA